CUAACAGAGAGCACAAACAACAAUUCAUAACCCCAAUUUUGGGUAACCAGGCACGCUGUGAUGAUGAUGAUGAUGAUAAGCUCCAUCUCGCCCUUACCAGCUCCUCCUACUUCUGUCACGACACAUACAAAGCCUAUUGCCAUCAUCCCUCCACCUCCAGAAACAGCAAAAAUCAUCAACAAAACUGCCAAGCACGUUUCCAAGAAUGGACCGAAAUUUGAGACGAAGGUCAUCACUGAAAAGACUAGACUAAAUCCAGAUCCAAAAUUCGACUUUUUGAAUUCCUCACAUCCCUACCAUGCAUAUUAUCAGCACCGGGUGGCCGCGUUCCUUUCCCAGCCUGAUCAGUCUUCUGAAGAGCCGGCUCCAGUUGUAGAUGUUAAAGCUGGAACACCAAAGCCUGAUUCCCUCUCCCAGCUUAGACCUGAAUGCAAAGUGCCCGAACCAUCAGAACCCGAAGAGUUUACUGUUCAGCUCCCUCAAGGAAUUAGUGGAGAAGAACUGGAUGUUAUGAAGCUCACAGCCCAGUUUGUAGCUCGGAAUGGGAAAUCGUUUUUGACAGAAUUGAGAAGUAGAGAGAGUAAAAACCCCCAGUUCUAUUUUCUCAAUCAUAAACAUAGCUUGUUCAAGUUUUUUACUUCUCUGGCGGAUGCAUAUUCAAAGGUGUUGAUGCCACAAGGGAUGACAGAGAAACUGAAGAAGAACGCGGCGGACAUGACCAUCGUGCUAGAGCGGUGUGUGCAUCGGCUGGGGUGGGAGCACUAUCAAAAGCAGGCAAAGCAGAAGACUGAAGAUGAGAUUGAGCAGGAAAGGUUACAAAUGGCUGCAAUUGAUUGGCACGAUAAUGUCUUGGUCGAAGUCAUAGACUUUGAUGAUGUUGAGGAUGACUAUUUACCUUCUCCGCUGAGCCUUGAAGAGGUUAUAAGUAGGAGCAAAGUCGUUAUGGAAGCAGAUGAUAAUGUCGAGGAGUAUAGGGAUGUUGAAAUGGAUUUGGAUGAAGAAGAGAUGCAGCUUGUUGAAGAAGGCAUGAAAGUAACGGAGGUGGAACAAGCACCAAUGAGAAUUGUGAAGAACUGGAAGAGACCCGAGGAGAGGAUGAUCCAAUCCAGUGCCGAAAGAGACAUGACGAUUUCCCCCAUUACCGGGGAGCUUGUACCUAACAAUGAGAUGUCUGAGCACAUGAGGAUUUCCCUCAUUGAUCCAAGAUACAGAGAACAGAAAGAAAGGAUGUUUGCUAAGAUUCGGGAGACUAGUCUUGUUCUUGCUCAGGACGAUGAGAUCUCAAGAAACAUUGUGAACCUUGCGAGAACCCGUCCUGACAUUUUUGGUUCCACAGAGGAGGAAGUUUCCAAUGCUGUUAAGGCUGACAUUGGAAAGCAAGAAAAGCAACAGUUCAUAUGGGAUGGUCAUGCUGGAAGCACUGGCCGCGCAGCAAAUCAAGCCAUGUCACAGAAUGCCAAUGGGGGUGAUAAAACCGAUGUUGUGAACAAUGAGGCAAGGAACCUUCCUGGUCCGGCGAGACCUUCAGUUCUUCCUCUUCCACCACCUGGUGUUCUUGCCGUUAAUCUUCCUAGUGUUCCUGCAAACACAGUUCAGUACGCAGCUAGUAUACCUGUACCUCCUCCACCUGUGUCUGAGUUUAUAACCAUGCAAAUGGCCUACAUACCUACAAACACAAUGCCGAUGCCUCCACCGCCUUUGCCUCAUGUGCAGCCACCAACACCUCCGCAUGCAGAACCUAAGCCAAAGCGACAGAAGCUUGAUGAUUCAAUGCUUAUUCCAGAAGAUAAAUUUCUGGCACAGCAUCCGGGACCGGUCGACAUCAAUAUAUCUGUUCCCAUUGUUAACGAAGAUAACCUCAUAGGACAACUUUUGGAGAUCACAGUGCAGUCUUUAUCAGAAACUGUUGGCAGUCUGAAAGAGAAAAUUUCUGGGGAAAUCCAGCUUCCGGCAAACAAACAGAAAUUGAGUGGAAAUACGGGCUUUCUAAAAGACAAUUUAGAAAGAGAUGAACGGUUUGCUGCAAUUUUCAACUAUGUAUCAUUUAUGACUUCUGUUAUUCCUUUUACCUUCUUUGCUAUUAUAUUACAGAUUUUGUCUUUAUAA